CAGGACGGGUGAAAAAGUGCAACUUUGCAGCCUGUGUGGACUAGAAAAAGACCAGACAGCAGUCCUUGCCAGCGGAAGUAAAAGCAGAGUGGAUUUAGGACUGACACUUCCAAGGGAACAGUGAGCAAAGCGUGAGCUUCUAGGAGUCUUUUUACCCUGAGGCUAGUAGUCCAGGCUAACUGCGACUUCACACAGUUUUGGCCAGAGUCAACUUCCCAGCCAGAAAAACCACACCCACCAAGUCUUCAGCAGGACUGGAAAGUCGGAGGAGACAAGGAAGCCGUGGGACUGGCGUGGGUUCGUCGUAGCCAAUUUUCCAGGGCGCAGGAGGAAGAUCAGGAUGGCAUAAAGCAGACCCAUUGGCAGUUGAGAGUUCAGAGGAGGCCUCCCAGGCUGAAAAGACGAGGCUUUACAGCACACAAACGCUACCAGUUCGGGUUGAGGAAAUUUGAAGCUAACUGUCCGGCAUGAUGGAUUCCUGGGCUUCCUAAACGACGGGGAUGGAAGGGGCCUCGAAAAAAUGAGUGCCGUCACAUGCUCCGUACCAGAGCUGGUUACUUUCUUGAACACUUUUAACGUUAACUCUGCUUGGAGGUGACAUCAAUUCUCCACGGGAGAAUGAAAGCCUGAGACUACAUUUCCCUGCAAGCCUUUGGGAAAAAAAAGCCAGGAGAAAAUAGACUUUCCGUUUCCGUUCGCUUGCAAUUUGGCGUGUUCACGGUGAUACAUAUUUCAACAGCUAGAGUCCUUUCUCUGUACAGCUAAAGAAGAGACUUCAUACCCCAGCAGCCCUCGGCGUUGCUGACGCCCCCAAUGUCGUCGAGCAGCCGGGGGCCGGGGGCCGGAGCGCGCCGACGCCGAACCCGCUGCCGUCGCUGCCGGGCCUGUGUGCGAACUGAGUGCGGGGAUUGCCACUUCUGCCGAGACAUGAAGAAGUUUGGGGGGCCCGGGCGCAUGAAGCAGUCGUGCCUGCUUCGGCAGUGCACUGCGCCCGUGCUCCCACACACAGCUGUAUGCCUCUUGUGUGGGGAGGCAGGAAAGGAGGAUACAGUGGAGGGAGAGGAAGAGAAAUUUGCUUUGAGCCUCAUGGAGUGUACAAUUUGCAACGAGAUCGUCCACCCUGGCUGCCUGAAGAUGGGAAAGGCUGAGGGUGUUAUCAAUUCAGAAAUUCCCAACUGCUGGGAGUGCCCCCGAUGUACCCAGGAAGGACGGACAAGCAAGGAUGCAGGUGAGGGGCCAGGGCGCCGUAGGGCUGACAAUGGUGAGGAAGGCGCAAACCUAGGGGGUGGAUGGAAGCUGACAGAGGAGCCACCACCGCCACCACCCGUGCCCAGAAGAAAGGGACCUUUACCUGCUGGUCCUCCCGCUGACGAUGUGCCUGGGCCCCCCAAACGGAAGGAGAGGGAGGCGGGGAAUGAGCCCCCAACCCCAAGGAAAAAGGUGAAAGGAGGCCGAGAGAGGCACUUGAAGAAGGUGGGUGGAGAUGCCUGCCUCCUCCGAGGAGCGGACCCAGGCAGCCCCGGCCUUCUGCCCCCCAGGGUUCUGAAUCCGAGCCAGGCAUUCUCAUCCUGCCACCCUGGGCUCCCUCCCGAGAACUGGGAGAAACCAAAGCCACCUAUGGCCUCGACUGAGGGACCCGCAGCGCCAUCCCCAUCACCACAGAGGGAGAAACUGGAGCGUUUUAAGCGAAUGUGCCAGCUGCUGGAGCGGGUGCCCGAUACCUCCUCUUCCUCCUCGGACUCGGAUUCUGACUCAGACUCAUCUGGCACCUCGCUGAGUGAGGAUGAAGCUCCGGGGGAGGCCCGAAACGGGCGGAGGCCAGCCCGGGGUAGCUCCGGAGAAAAGGAGAACCGUGGGGGUCGGCGAGCUAUACGCCCUGGCAGUGGGGGACCACUACUCAGCUGGCCCCUGGGUCCUGCUCCACCACCACGGCCUCCACAAUUGGAGCGGCAUGUGGUACGCCCCCCUCCUCGAAGUCCCGAGCCUGACACUCUGCCUUUGGCUGCUGGAUCCGACCACCCCCUGCCUCGGGCUGCCUGGCUUCGUGUCUUCCAGCACCUGGGACCCCGAGAGCUGUGUGUCUGCAUGCGAGUCUGCCGGACUUGGAGCCGCUGGUGCUAUGACAAGCGUCUGUGGCCUAGGAUGGACCUAAGCAGGAGGAAGUCGCUGACCCCACCCAUGCUUAGUGGGGUUGUCCGCCGCCAGCCCCGAGCUCUGGACCUCAGCUGGACAGGUGUCUCCAAAAAGCAGCUCAUGUGGCUUCUGAACCGACUGCAAGGCCUGCAAGAGUUGGUGCUUUCGGGGUGCUCCUGGCUUUCUGUCUCUGCCCUGGGCUCAGCUCCACUGCCGGCAUUGCGGCUCUUGGAUCUCCGUUGGAUUGAAGAUGUCAAAGACUCCCAGCUUCGUGAGCUGCUGCUUCCUCCGCCAGACACUAAACCAGGGCAAACGGAGAGCCGAGGUCGGCUGCAGGGAGUGGCAGAACUUCGCUUAGCUGGCCUGGAGCUCACUGAUGCCUCCCUGAGGCUCCUGCUGCGCCAUGCUCCCCAGCUCAGUGCCCUGGAUUUGAGUCACUGCGCCCAUGUCGGGGACCCAAGUGUCCACCUCCUCACGGCUCCCACUUCCCCUCUCCGAGAGACACUGGUGCACCUCAAUCUCGCUGGAUGCCACCGUCUCACGGACCACUGCCUUCCACUGUUCCGUCGCUGCCCACGUCUUCGCCGCCUGGACCUACGCUCCUGCCGCCAGCUCUCACCUGAAGCUUGUGCCCGGUUGGCAGCUGCUGGACCCCCUGGCCCCUUUCGCUGCCCAGAAGAGAAGCUACUUCUCAAGGACAGCUAGUUGGGUGCCUGUAUUCCCAUCCCCCAGGACUCCACACGAGCGCCUGGACCUGGCGCCUUCAUUUCACCCCCUGUUGGGAGGCCAGGUUAUUUUCCUUCAUGACUUGGCUCUCCCCUAAGUUUAAUGACUUGGGAUUCCUGCCCAGGGACUUGAGCCAGCCUUCCCCUUCUCUCCCACCUGCACUGAUAUCUCUGGGGGUCUUUGCUUCCAUCUCUCCUUUCCACCUGCUUCAUUGUCCGUCCCCUUGGGGGAGUGGGUCAAGGGGUACUGGGGAGGUGCUGAGCCAGAGGGAUGGUGGGGGGGGGCCGUGAAGGCGCAAGUAGGGAAGAAUGAGGGGAAAUGGUAUCUUGCACACAGGAUACUGGGAGCCAGGGGGCUGGGGGAGGUGAAGAAUGGGUGUGGGGAGGGCAGAAAGCAGACCAACAACGGUUCAUGGAACAAAGACCAGUUGGGUGGGAUGGGGGGCCAAAAAGGGGAACCAGAGGAGCAAUUGAGGAUCCAGGUAUCGGACAGGGGGCUCUAGAAGCCAGGAAAUGCCAGGACAUGGGCCUGGGAGAGGAGCAGAUAGGGGGAUAGUACCCUCUCUGUGGGGUUACCCCUCGCCCCUUCCUUCCACCCAGAUUUUAGUUCUUUCCCUCGCCCUGACUCCUUGAACGUCACUGAAAAUGGCAGCUAUUGCAAGGAGUAGGGGCCAUGGGCCUACCUGUUGUUCUGCUCAUGGUCCAGGGGAGUGGUGAGGGGUAGCCCAAACCCCUGCCUGGCUCUCUACACAAUACUUGAACAUUCAUCUGUACUGAAGUGUUACUUGAACCGGGGGAACCUCGGACCUGGGGGAGUGUGAUGUGAGGGGACCGGCUUGACCAAGACUGAGCUAGUGGGUACCCAGUUUGGACUUCCCACCCCCAGCUCUCUUGCUUUACUGUCUUGAACAGCUCCACCCCUCCGACCUGAGUUGGGGUGGGGGAUUUCAGCUUAAAGAUGGGCAAGAUGGGACUUCUC